AUGCCGUCAAUGAAACCCGUCCUUCAUCCCCUCCAAACCCCCAAAACCAUGACCUUCCCGUCAGAGCUACAGAGCGGCGCCAGCUCCAGUCUCUCCGACAACGUCAAGAGCGAAGACGCUCUGUCGACCCCUAUCACGCCGCCCGCCGCCUAUACCGAGUUCCUCAAGGCGUUGACCCCCGUCUUUGCGAGUCCCAACAGCGCCAGCGUGGAUUUCUCCAAAUUUACCUUUGACGGGGGACGCAGCAAUAGCAAUGGAAGCAGCAACACCAACGGUAACGGUGGCAGCGGCAGCGGCAGCACCAACACCAACAGGCCACCAGCCUACUCCCCAACAUCCCAGCCCACCAGCGCAGUGAGCAGCACAUUCAACUUCAACCCGGACGCCUCCAUCCGAUCGGCCACGGCGUCGUUGCCGCCGCCCGUACCGUGGGCGGCGUCUCGUCCGCGGCGCGAUCCACGCAAUCUGCGCUCGUUGCGCAUUCCGCCGCCGCCGCCGUACUCGCCCACGAUCGCGGCAUCCCCGCGCAGUGCGACGACGAUGCGGUCGCCUUACUCGCCGUCCGAUUGGCAGCUGCGGUAUCUGGAGGGGCCGCGCAGUGCGAGCGGACGGCUCAGUGUGCGACAUGUGGUUACGCAUACGGUUACGUAUAAGCGGACGGAGUUGGAGGACCCGCCCAAAGGGAAGCGGAGAAAGACGCAGCAUGAGAAGGAGGAGUAG